UGAAAUAGUUGAGAUGGGUCGGAUUCCGUGUUGUGAGAAGGACAACGUUAAGAGAGGACAGUGGACCCCCGAAGAAGACAACAAGCUUUCUUCCUACAUCGCCCGACACGGCACCCGAAACUGGCGCCUCAUCCCCAAAAACGCUGGUCUGCAGAGAUGCGGGAAGAGCUGUCGUCUUCGGUGGACCAACUACCUCCGCCCAGAUUUAAAACAUGGCGAGUUCUCAGAGUCGGAAGAGCAAACCAUCGUCAAGCUCCAUUCAGUCGUCGGGAACCGGUGGUCACUAAUCGCUGCUCAACUUCCUGGCCGCACAGACAAUGACGUCAAGAACCACUGGAACACCAAGCUCAAGAAGAAACUCUCGGGAAUGGGAAUUGAUCCCGUCACUCACAAGCCCUUUUCCCACCUCAUGGCUGAGAUUGCCACCACUCUACCCCCACCUCAGGUUGCUCACCUGGCCGAGGCAGCACUUGGAUGCUUUAAAGAUGAGAUGCUCCACCUAUUGACUAAGAAACGUAUCGAUUUUCAGCUCCAACGUUCCAGCUCAACACCUGGAUAUGAUGUACCACAACCUGCUGGAGUGAAUACUGCAGCCACUUUUGUCACUGGGAGAACCGAAGACAAAGAUGACACRAUACAGAAGAUUAAACUAGGUGUCUCAAGAGCCAUGCAAGAACCAGAUGCACUUCCCACGAACAAACCUUGGACCAUCACUAGUACUGGAGAAACAUCUGAUGGCUUUGCGAGAGACCGGAACACAUUUCCCGUAAAAAUUUCUGGGUUUCAAUAUGGUCCACCAUCUUAUGGCAAUGAGGGGGAUGGAUCGGCUUGGAGCCAGAGUAUGUGCACAGGAAGCACAUGUACUGGAGGGGACCAACAAGGAAGGUUGCAUGAGAAGGCUGAGGAAGAGGAUGGAGAAGAGGCCGAGGGCGGAAAAGCAGCAAGAAAAGAAUCUAGCAUGUUCAAUUCAGAUUGUGUCUUGUGGGAUUUAUCCGAUGAUCUGAUGAAUCCUAUCGUUUAAAAUC